CCCACCUCACCCCACCAUCACUAGGGUUUUGUGAAAAACCCACAAAUUUGUUUGUCUUCAAAAUAUCAAGAAAUUCAUCUUGAAUGUAUUUUAAUCUAUAGUUAUUUCUUGAUUUCCUGAAACUGUGUUAUUGUAUCUCUAUAUAUAUCUAUUUAGGACUCAAAAAAGGAUUCUUUUCUGCUGCUGAACGAGAAGGGAAGUUAAUUGGAGAUCUCAUAAAGAUGGAAAACAAGACAGAUGGAAAUGAUGAAUCCUUGGUUUUAAUCAAGCAAGGAGCUGAGGCUCGGGUUUUUGAGUCAACAUUUGUGGGUAGAAGAUGUAUCAUCAAGGAACGGUUUUCAAAGAAAUACAGGCAUCCAACUUUGGACUCAAAACUUAUUCUUAAAGGGUUGAAUGCGGAGGCAAGGUGCGUGACAAAAGCCAGACGGCUUGGUGUUGCUACUCCAGUCCUUUAUGCUGUUGACCCUGUUAUGCAUACACUCACCUAUGAAUAUAUUGAAGGUCCUUCUGUGAAAGAUAUAUUUCUUGGCUUUGGACUAGUUGGUGUUGAUGAAGAACGGAUGGUUGAUAUUGCAACGCAAAUUGGUAAUGCUAUUGGAAAACUACACGAUGGUGGCUUAGUCCAUGGCGAUUUGACAACAUCAAACAUGUUACUGAGGAGUGCUGCCAAUCAGCUGGUGCUGAUCGACUUUGGCUUAAGCUUUACUUCAACGCUUCCAGAAGAUAAAGCAGUUGAUUUAUAUGUACUAGAACGUGCUUUACUCUCUAUGCACUCUUCUUGUGGAGAAGUGAUGGACCGGAUACUUGCUGCAUAUAGGAAGUCCUCGAAGCAGUGGUCGUCUACCUUGAACAAGCUAGCCCAAGUGAGGCAAAGAGGAAGAAAACGCACAAUGCUUGGUUGAGAUUCCCCAAUUUUGCACUCCACGUUUAGUGAAGAGAAAAAAGACAGAUGCCAUGCCCAUGGGGAAAGGAAGAACCAAAAAACUUGCUCAUUGCAAAGAUCAAUUUGUAUUUGUUUCCGUCUUGAUUAUUGUCGAUGUGACUGAUGCUGUUACCUAUUUGAAUUUAUACGUCUACGAUUCUCUGUAUUUUUAUUCAACUCUAACCAUCUGCGCGCAAAGUGUUUUGAAUAGUUGACAGGUAUUUUUACUUCCCAUAAAAAUUCAGAUGUCUCAAAUCCUUUUCAUUAUGAAACUACAUUAGACAUGUAACAUUCAAAACUCUUAGUUGCUCAAAAGCAGAAGAGCCUCACAAGUUUGUCAUUCAUUGGCAAUUGACAUAAAGAGAUGACCCUUUCAGUGACAUAAGUGGCAGGAAUGACCCCGACGAUAGUUCCCAGGAGGAAAUCUACGGUAAGGCACAUCCACAAUUGGCGAAGCAACAUUGAUAAAAUGUGUUUGGCAAUGUCGCUGUGACUCUCAAGAAAAGCAUGUAGUCAGCAGCCACUCCCACCUUUUAGACACCUGAUGGAUCACAGAGACUAUUGGAUACAACCUCUCUACCUCUGCGGUAAAGAGAUUUUACUGUAAGACAGUUGAGUUGUGAGUCGAAAAUCAGCUGUGCCUGGAAAACUGUCAACUUAUCAGGGCUAAAGUGAAAACACAAAGGGCUUCCCUAUCAUUUUGGAUAGAAAAUAGCAAGAUGAUGCACCAGCAGUAGCAGUGAAAACAACUAAUGCUAUGUCUUUGAUACAGAAUAUCCACAGAAACAAUUAUUAUUACAAUUAAGAUGCUGCCAUCUCCAAAUUGUACAAACUCUGUAAAUGCAGAUUUACAUACAUGUGGAUGGACUUGUUAGCAUGUG